GAGCAAUGAACCCGAGCGGCCGAAUAAAUUUGAACAGAGCGGAAGAGGCUAAAGCAUCACCGAAUGCGCAGGGAGAUUCUUCCCGACAAAAUAAGAUUAGUCGAAUACAUGAAGAGCUACUGAGGUGUUUGUCCACUCUUGAAAAAGAGAUUGAAAAUCAAGAGAAUAAGAAGACAAAACAACAUAAUGAAACAUGCGUGCUUUCUGCUCAAAUCACUGAACUUACCGAUCGUGUGGAAAAAGCACGUUUGAAAGAGAAUGAGCUAGCUGAGAGGAUUGCAAGAUGGGUAGAUUAUUUGAAAGAGCAGAAAGAGAAGAUGUUGUUACGCGACUCAAGGCUCUGUGCGACAGGCACUCUUUCCGCAACCAUUUCGGAAGAUAUCGAGUACAAUAUCAACAUGCUUAUGGAAAUGAGACACAGGGUUGACGCAAAGUUGGCCGAAACUAGAAGCAGAAAGAAAGAGCAUAAGGAUCAGUUAAAGCAGCUGAAAAUGGAGAUGCUCCAAAUGCAUAAACAACUAAAAGAUUGGGACAAAAAGUAUGACGAUCUGCUAGAUGCAAUGAACCGCAUGGAAGUAGCACGUAAUCGUUUACAAGAAAGAAUUAAGGAACAAAGGCAGAAAGGAACUACAGCCCAGCUGCAUUGCGUCGAGCUUGACGAGAAACUUCAUGAGCUCUGUCGUACCGAUAGACCUGAAGGACACAGGUACUGCCAUGAACAUGCACUCAAGAGUCAGUUUUCCACGAUUACAACGUCGGGAAGUGAAGGGACGACGUAUGUCGAAGACAUAACGCUGUCGUCACGAUAAAUGGACUCGAUGUAAUCUACCAUUCAAGCACAAUGAAGAAACACCGGAAUUCUAUCUUCCAUUCUGUAUUUGUUAAUAAACGUUCAUAAUGGGUUGAUAAAA